AUGAGAGGGAUUAACGACGGAGCAGAGCCGCGGCUCAUUGCGGAAAAGCCGACUGCAGACUGGCGUGGAGACGCACCGUGAGGGGAACGGGCUCCAUAGCGUACAGCAGCGGAAUCAAACCGCGGUGACCACAAUGUAAGUUGCUCCCGAGCUGCAACUCAUUAAGGCAUGUGAGGGAGAAGAGGGGGUCCUGGUGUGGUUGCAUGUUUUAUGUUCUGCCUUUUAUCACUGAUUGAUAGAUUUAAACACAGCUCCGAAAAUAUUCCUUAAAGUGUCUCAUUUAUAGGCUCCCCCUCUCAGGUGUUGCUACAAAGGGCCUUGGCAAGCUUCUCUCAUUUUCAGUGACAUAGCGUGAUGCACUGUCUCCGUGAUAGACAUGAAUAAUAAGGGCUAAAGCAAGCAGAGGUUUCUCCUCUGGAGCAUUAUCCGCUCCGUUCAAGUCACUCUCAACCUCGACUUGUCUGGCUUUUACAGGUCCAUCCACAUCGUGGCUCUGGGCAGCGAGUGCCCCGGAGGAGUCGGACCCGGUGAGGAGAUCAUGGGGCAGGGGCAGCUGCAGGGAGGCCUGCUGUGGAGCUACUUGGGUCAUGGAGCGCUGGUGGGACCAUGCGACCUGGAGAGCAGUCUGCACAACCCAGCCUUCAUGGAGUAUACAUCACGUGUGUUUGGAGAUGUUACUGUGGUGGUGCGGGAUUGUCCCAGUUGGGUAAGGGGCUGAUGAUGGUGUGUUUGUUUGCAGAGACCAACAUGUGACUGAGAAGCAUUAAUUUCCAUUUUUCUCAUUCAUGUCUUUGUGGCUAAUUUGCAUCAUUAAGUACUCUCAAACAUCAUGUGUACAUCCUCCUGCUGGUGUGCCACCAUUACAGACUUGAUUUGUAGAGGAAUGAUAGAGCAGCUAAGACGCCUAAAAUACCGCAAAUAUGUUGUAAUUGUUCCAGUGCUGUCAUUGCUAAAGAGCUUGCAUCACUUCACCAUAAAGCUGUGUACUUUUCCCCCCUGCCUGUGUUUCAAAUAAGAAGUACAAUAAUUCCUAUUCCAAGGCUACUUGCCUUCCAGCGCUGAUUCAGGCUUUAUAAAAAUGUCUCUAUUCUUAGGAGGACUCUAUUUUAAAAUGCACUGCACAGAAAGAACCUGAUGAAAGAACUUUUGUUCUUAAUAGCAUAUGAAUGUGAAAUGAAAGCACUGUUAUGAUUUGGUAGCAGCACUGUAUGGGUCCUAUUAUGGGGCUGUCUCACCCUGUCAGAGCUGGUGCUAGGUGGAGGCUGUCAGUCUAACUCUUUGUCUCUGCUCUUUUUUUUUUUUUUUUUACUCUGAUUGCUCACAGUUUUCUGAACAGUUGUUUUUUCCUGCCUAAUGAAUUGAAUCAGGUUGGUUUAGAUUGAGAAAGUUGCCUAGUGCAGGUCCUCAAGGGGGUAAAGUCCCAAGAGCCGCACAGUGGUAAUUAUACUUGCAGAGACUGAGAAGGAAAGGGGAAGGGUUAUCUGAGGUAGAAGUCUUGGUAUGCGGACAAUCCCCAGCAUUGCAUUUCUCACGUGUGUCCUCCUCUGACCUCUUUCUAUUUCUAUUUGUUGCUCUUUUUUUGGGCUUUUUCAGGACCUGUUGGACAGUGACUGGGCCAGCGUUCGGAAAGUUCUUGAGCAGGCGGAUAUUCUGGUCAUCAAAUAUUCAGUCACUGACAAGCUGGCUUUCCAGCAGGUCAGGAACGGCUACGCCCCGAGACUGCGCCCACUCCUGAGGCACUGGGGUGUACCUGUCAUCCUGGUUGCUGUCGGUGCACGGCUGAAUGGUGAGGACGUAUUUUGUAUUAUGUUUUCACUGGAGUCAGGUAGAGUUUGAAUUUGCCAAGAGUGCCUUGACAACUGAUCUUUCCUCUUGAAGUUUGUCAUUGUUUAACCUGAAAAGAAGAGUUUUGAAGGCAGUGAAUGAAAAAUGUCGCGCUUGCAGUUAUUAAACUCUAAAGGUUACUUGUGGUUAGUGAGCCGUUGAACCUAGGUCUUUGAGUUUGAUCUUAAGAUAUUGUCUUGUCUCUCUGGUUUGGCCUGUGAGAUCACUGUCUGGCCCUGUGUCCUCAAGUGCGUCCUCCUUGCACAGGGGAGGAAGCUCAUGAUUUAAUCUCCCUCACUGCCUCCAGGCUGUCAGCUUACAUGCUCCCCGCAGAAAACCCACCGAAUAAAGACACACUCAGUAUUUUUUGUCUCUCUAAACCAACAAUUAGACAAAAAACUGUGACAGCGCUUCAGUAUUCACUCCCAUGGCUCAAAAGUCCACCAAACAUUUGCAGUUCUUUAAGGAGAAGCUGGGCUUUAAUAGAGGCUGCUUAUCACAGAGAAUCGAUUCUGGGUGUGUUUGUGCACACACACACGCUGACCCUUCUUGAAUCCAGAUGCGGUAAACAAGCUCAUCAAAUACACCGGGUUGUAUUUUUAGCCUGUCUGCUCGACAUACUUUGAGAACUUGUCAGAGCUGCGCUGCAGAAUGAUCACAGUGUGAAUCAAGUGUGUGCCAGAGAGACUUGAGGAAGAGAGACAAUCGGUACCUGUAGACUAGAACCUUUGUUUGUCUUUCUGAGUGUGGCUGCCGUGAGUAUUUUCAUGCUAUCCCCUCAUGAAUGCAGUGAAUGACGGCUGAGCUCAGAGCGCUUCCUGCUGCUUGGCUUUAGACCACCUCAGGCACAGCGGUGGCAGAGGGAGAGAGCGCUGCUACGUGCAUUAAUGCAGCCAUUAAACCAGCGCUGAACGCAGGAGCACACACAGAUUUAACCAAGGGCACGCACUCACCCUCACACACGCUUACAAACAUAGCACUGAUAUGCCAAGUCACUGCCGUCAGACACACACUCUGCUUCUCUCUCUGCUCCUCUCUCUCUCUCUCUUCCACACACACACACCCUCUCACACACACACUAUCUGUCUGGCUCCUUCUCUGUGUCAUGCCUGUAGGUUAUUAGCAGUAUGAUUUAUCAAAUGCCCCGGCACUUAGCUGCAUGUACCGCUCGUCCUCUCUUUCGCUCUGGCUCCCUCCUUCUUUGUGCAGCUUUUUCUCUCCUUUGAGCUAAUCCCUCCAAAUUUCUUGUCGGAUUCUGUGUUUUUGGUCCCCAUGCACACAUGCCACAGCCCUGCUGGUUCUAGUGCACAUGCUGUUGCACAAUUCAUGUUGAAUUAGAUCAUUGAUCCGCUCUCUUGAGAAGAGAAUUCUUUGUUUUUUCCUCAGACUUGUGUGAGGAUGUAAAAAUUAAGGCAUGCAAGGGCAAAACAAAUCACUACUACUACUGCUACUAAAAGACAAAGAGCAAGAACUGAUGGCAUUUCAGGAAACAACAAUUAUCUUUCACAAAAGGGAAAAUUUAGACACAUGCUUGCUUUUUACGUUAUCUCUCUCUGACAGGAUCAGAUCUGAUGGUUGCAGUCUGCAAAUAGAUCAACAGAAUACAACCACAACAGUGUUAAGUAGAGCUGGGCGAUAUGGGAAAAAAGUUCAUCACAAUAUAUUUUUUUCAUAUGAGUCGAUUCCGAUAUAUAUCACGAUAUAAAAAAUGAAAUUUAACAGUGCUUAUUGGUAGCAUGUCUUUUGAAAUACAAUAAGCUCCUGCAUCUGUGAGGUCUUUGUGUCUCUUUGACGUUUUGUCGUAAGGCGUUGCGCUAGCGCAGUGGUUCUCAAGUCCAGUCCUCGAGGCCCACUGUCCUGCAUGGUUUGGAUGUUUCCCUGCUCCAACACACCUGAUUCAAAUGAUCAGCUCGUUAUCAAGAUCUGGAAUGGCUUGAUAACGAGCUGAUCAUUUGAAUCAGGUGUGUUGGAGCAGGGAAACAUCCAAACCGUGCAGGACAGUGGGCCUCGAGGACUGGACUUGAGAACCACUGCGCUAGAGAAAGUGGACUGAAUGAUCGGCUGUUUCAGUACAGGCGCCAUGGGCUCCUUGCUUCGCUCAGGGUUUGUAACCCUUUGCAUUGUGCAUGCUCUCCCGCGUGGCACUGCUUCAGGUGAUGAAAAAGAUUUGAGGUAUUCCCUGACUUUGCGGGAACAUGUACUCAACAUAAUUCGCAGUGCACAUUACUCUGCAUUUUCGUGCCGAUGUCAUCAUCUGUUGAGCGUUCAUCUGCAUUUCUGUCAAGGGUAGCACUCAUUUUCUUCUUUUCUCACCGACAGUGCUGUCGGCUUCACGUGUCAAAGUGCUAUGGUUGCGUGUCGCUGCAGCCUGCUACUACGCAGUUGUUUGCUUCUUGAUUCCAAGUCAGCACAUGAUUGGUUCAGCUCAAAGCAGACCCAGAGCAACUCCCCUUUUCAUUGGCUAUUCGUAUAGUCUACCAAAACAUGGCAGAAUGCCGACUACUGAAAAGCAUAUUGACCAUGUCUUAUAUUGGUAUAUAGGGAAAUCAAUUUUGAAUAUAGAUCGUUAUCGUUUCAUCGCCCAGCCCUAGUGUUAAGUCUGUUCACAACUGUUUACAACACAACACCUGCUCUCCUGUGUGACGCUAACACAGCAGUGGCUAAUUAAAUGAAUGAAAAAUUAUUAUGAUUUCUGUCUUCAGAAUGUGUUUUGAGCCAUUUCUGGUCAUGGUCUUUAAAAAUUCUGGAUCAAAAUGUGCUGGAAGUCAAAUACAGCAGUAUUUUUUAAAUAUAUAUUAUUACUAUUACCAGCCUUAAUAGCAUGCUAAACCUUAACUCUCAAUUUACACCAGGUCUGAACAUCCUUAUAGACAUAACAUCACAUCAGAAGUGGAAUUGUAUAUCGUUUUUGAGUAACUUAAAAAACCCUGAAUAUAGUCUGAGUAAAUGAAAUCCUGCUCUCUGUGUGUCCAGAUGAAGGCCCACCGUGUACAUGUCCACUGUGUGCCUCUGACUGGAGCAGCUGUGUGCCCCACAGCGAAGGUCUGCAGCUGUCUAGAGACCUGGGGGCCACCUACCUGGAGUUGCCCUCGCUCAACCAUGUGUUCGUCGGUCGUUAUUUUGGCAGUGUGGUGAGUGGUCAAGUGCACUUAAAAAUGGUUCACAGAGUUUUAUUUUUAAAAGUUUCUGUCAUUGAACAGUUUUGAGAAAAGUGAGAGAUCUUUGCAGCAAUCCUGUAAUUCUAUUUUAUUUUUUGAGUCACUGUGUUUUCGUGCUCAAAUCAAGCUUUAGCAUAAAAAUGUCUGCGCUUACACUGUCUGUUUAACUGGUUGAUCUCUUCACUUAGACUGGUGUAAUGCUCAGUCAAGGAGUGAAAAAAGUACCUGUGCUUUCUGUGUCUGAAAUAACAUGACUAUCUUUAUAUACUGCUUUUAACCAAACAUGUGUAUGCUUCUAUUAUUCAGCUGGAGUACUUCAUGAUUCAGUGUCUGAAACACAAAGCCAAAGAGAGGCCAGAGAAGAGGAGAGCAAACAAAGUGAACGAGCUCCGUCCUCCUCACUUAGAACAACCAGGUCAGAGGACGACGAUGGUGUUUAAAAAUUAACCAUGUUUUUGUUUUAAACAUGCACAUUUUUUGUCUCGUUACUUUCUACAGCCAGUUCCCAACCCCUUGUUUAUCAAAUUUUAAACAUGUUGUUUCACAGGUGGCAUUUUUUCGAAUCUUUUAGUUUUUUAUUAUAUUAAAUACUUGUUGUUCUUUUAUUUUGUACUUGAAUGGACGGACAGGGUUGUUUCUUCUUCUAUGGCACUACAAAAAGAGCUGAGCACAAAGGUUUUAUUCAGAUCAAUAUUCUCUGUUCCACACUGGAAAUAAGAAGAGAGACAAAGAGCUAGGUAGACCACUUUCAUUCAGUGAUGCUCAGAUCAAUUUGAGACUGAGCUCUCCUCAGCAGCAGACACUGAGUAUUUAGUUCUGAAGGCGGCUCGGUGAUUCAGUUUGGAGACAUGAAAGGAUUAUUCAGCAGUCUCAUCAUUGCCCUUCUUUUUAAGAGAUCAGGUAUUUAAAUACCUGAGGUCUACUAACAUCUUUUGGGGAGUUAUUUUUAAAGAUGUUUUUAACUAUUGUGCACAAUACUGAAGUAGAAAUCAGCUUUGGAAGAUUAAGUUUAAGCUUGCAGCAUGAAAUUACUCUUAAGUUAUUCUUUUCUUGUUCAGUCUGACUGCAGUAAAUGCUCAAGGAUGCUGAGUCAAAAUCAACAAAACCUUCUCUCGUUUUAAAAACAGAGAUUUUUCAAUAAUUGAUUAAUCAUUUAAACUCUAACAUAGCUUAAUUAGAUCAUUUCAAUAAUUUCAGAUUAAAUUUUAAUCAAGCCUGAAAACACACCACUGAACCCCCAUGUUUUUUUUUUUUUUUUAAAUGAAAGACUUUGAUAAAAAAGAAACUUUGUCCUCCUCUCUCAAGGACAGCCACAUAUCUCAAACACAAAAUACUACACAUGAGGAGAGAUACAUGACGGAGCCAAUUAUGAUCAGAAGACCCUCAAACUCAAAGAGUCACAAAAUUUCAGUUCACAGCAGAGCAGCAGAGACACAGCAACAUUAAUCAUGGUUACAAAGAUUAAAAGGAUGAAGCCAAGCUGGAGUACUCUGCUGCUUUUUCUUUGUGUUAAUGUUAUUAUGUUUUAGUCUGUGGAACUAUUUCACCUAAUUGGCUUAUAGACAGCCUGAUUAAAUCUGUAAGAGGCUGCCAUUCUUAAGCGCUGGAUGUUGCUUCAAAUUAAAAACUUUCUGCGUGCCGUAUUAAAAGUGCGCAAUUAAAAUUACUCUAGCUAGAAGCAAAACUCACAAACCACAAAUACACUAAGUAGUAUAAUUGAUUUACAAAAUGGGAUUAGUUCUGAUGUUCCAGUAUCAAGAUACAUCCCCCCCUCCUCCUCUUGCCUGAAAACAUUGGUCCUUAGUGUGUUAUCACUGAUUUUUUUUACAUAAUAAACCACCAGAAAAUAUUUACAGGAGCUAAACUAUGGUUAAUUCUUGAUUUGACCACUUUGCCACCGUGUGUGUGUCUGCAUUUGACGUAAUGAUUGAUGGCUUCUGGUGCAGCCACAGAGGCAGCAAGUGCUGGUAGAUUUAUUGGUGCCCGUCCAAGCUACUUAGUUGUACUUACAGUGUAGCUUGAAUUAAAUAUGAAGUGCACUGACUCAGGAACAGCACAAUUUGCACAGUCAGAUCUGAGCAGCUAUAAAAGUAGAGAUGAGGUCUACAGAGAUGCAGUGUGUAGUAGGCAUGAAUAGGAAUAUAAUAGGUCUGUGAUUUGUAAAGCCCCUCUCUCUCCCACCUGGUAAUCAUUCUGGUUUAGAGGUCUGUCACUUUUUACGAAUCUGAAUUUAUGAGGGCAUGCAGCACAAAGCACAGUUUUUCCUCAUUCUAUUCGAUGGAAUAUUUUUACAUUGCUUGCUGAUGGAGUUUUCCACCUCUGUUUUUUGAUUGCUACAUUUGAUGCCGUUACUGUUGCAGUCAGUUUACUGCAAAUCAAUCAAACAUGUAGAAGCAAUUCUUCUCAAAAUGAGGCUUUGUCUCAGUGUUCACAGUACCCCAGAUUACCUCAAAUAAAUCUUUUAAAUUAAAGACAAAAAACAGGGUAGCAACAUGGUUUUCAUCUUCACAGUUCUGUCAUCAGCGCAUGUCCACUGAGCAAUAGACGGCUAUCAGAUAUCUAGUUUCUUUGAGACCUAAUUUCAACCGUCUAGAUUCUGUUUAUUUUUAGACAGAAUUUAGAUGUUGCACUUCAACCCAUUAUUCUAUAACUAUUUAUUUCAAAAAGCAACUGUGAGUUGCAUAACUGAUCUCCAAGUACUGAACUAAAAUAAUUAUGAUAGCUGUUAAGUGAUAUACAGUUAGACCUCUGUUAGCCAGCUAGUCUAAACUUGGUUCUAAAUUUAGACGUCUAAAAAACGUUAAUUUUUAGACCUGUGGUAGCCUGAUUUCAGACCAGUUGUCUAGGCUACAUUUAGACGUCUAUUAGAACUCUUAUAGACCAAAAAAAAUGCUGAGUGGGUAAGAAUAUCUAGAAUUUUUGACCAACUCAAACUAUUGGACAGGGCACAGCCUGAUGUUUGUCUCUGCCAGCCCUCACUUUUUGUUUAAGUGAUCUUUCUUACUCUGCCAAGAUAGAUGAGUCUCAAACUUCUUGAUUGAAAAGAGAGGAAACCACAAGCAGCCAUUAGAUUUAUGAAAAGUAAAUGACAACACACAAUGUUUUGAACACAAAAGUUUUUGCUUUUAUUUUUGGUUAGACUGAAUUGCACUCUCAUCCUUCAUGUCCUUUCUUUCCCCUUUCAGCCCGUCUUCCACCCAUCCGGGUAGAAGAGUCCAGCUUCUCCCAGGACAUGCAGUGGCUUCUGGAGCGUGGUGUGCAAUUUGCCGAUGUGGCUUUCUAUGCAGGAGACUCUGGAAAAGAGCUCGGGUGGGCGCAUGCAGCCGUGCUGUGUGCUGUGAGCCCAUACUUCAGACAGCUGCUUCUGGGGCCAAAGACCAGGUAGGGGAGAUAUUAGCUCACUCACAGAAUUACGCUUAACAAGCUUUUUCAACACCUGAGCCUGUAGCCAGCAGGUGCUCAUCUCUCUCUCUCUCUGCAAACUCCUCUGUAGUGUGACUGUGAAUGAAUUUGUGAUGAAUUUCGUCUUUGCUUGGAUAGGGAACGUCCACAGUCACGGUGUGUUUGCAGAGAGCGGGAUGGAGGCCCACAUUCGCUGCUCUCCACCUGGGACGGGGGGAUUAUUGAUGACAUGCCUCGAUCAGAGGGCCACCUGACAGGACGCCUCUCUCGCCUGGUGGUGAAAGACCCCCUCCUGUGCAUGUGCCUGUGGGAGACUCUCAUGUUCAUAUACAGAGGUAAAAACUAUCAGCACACUUGGAUACAGCUGACCAGACAAAAACUAAAACCUGGCUGAGAAAUUCUCCACUGUUACCUUUACUUUACUUUUUACUGUUUGCAUUAUUCUGGCACAAUGUGGAACUUUUUUGUUGUUUGCCAGUCUGAUUCAGGAUCCAGUACUUUUUGCUAUAUUUCAUAUUUUGCCAUUUUAAAAAGAGCAAUAUCUGUCAAUGAAAAUGACUUUGCAGCAUGGCAACAGUAGAUAGGGCUUCUAGAGAGCUGACCAAUCUGAAGAAAAUUACCAUUUUGUCACGUAUUCAGUUAUAUACCUAUAAAUCAGAACAAUUAAAAAUGAACCUUUGUUGGUUCUUUGUAAAUCAUGAAUAUUUCUUAAGCAAUCCACUCUCUGGUUGUUGAUUCAGUUCUGGUGAAAGUGGUUCCUUUGGUGUUAGAUUAUGUCAUGUCAUUUUUGAGUUCAUCCAGGGUGAAUCCUUGUGAGUACAAUGAUGACUAUUAUAUUACUGUUUAAAGACUCUCUAACCCAAACAACACCUCCACAGUCUCAUCCUCAUUAGAUCGAAUAAGUCGCACAAACUGAAGUUCUGGCAUUGGAAUCAGUUGCACAGGGAGUGCCAAAUACAAAGCUGAGACUAGAAUACAAAACUGGCCCCAAAAACAGCGGCCAGCGUUGGUUUUUGUUCACAGAAAUCUGGAUGUCUGAAUCGGUUUACUCCAUCACACUGGAUUAUUUCUAGUUGGUUGGAUUUGUGAAGCUAUCUCCACUCAGCGUGGUGAAUGUCAUGCAUUUUUUAUGACACAGUCUUUCUGAUACUUCUUGGCUUUUCUCUGCUUUUAUGUUAUCACCCUUUAAGACACAUCCUGAACAUUAGUACUGAGAUUUGAAUACACUGAACAGACCUGGAUUGACUGUUGGAGUAUGGCAGCUCCAUUCACUGAAAAGAGUGAUUCAUUUUUUCAGUUAUUUAGAUGUGAUGAUAAAUGUUUCCUGGCAGCGAAAAGCAGCUUUUCUACAAUUGGGUCUGGUCCAGUGAUCCAUUAUGGUGAGGAACACGGAUCGAUCAAAUUGAAAGUGCUUGAUUGUAGGCAGCCAUAGUAUUUUCAUCUGUGACUUGAUUAUUCGAACUGUGAUCACUCACUUCUUUCUACUCAGUAUUUUGACACUGAUACCUGAGGCCCAUCAUGUUUUAUCUUAUUUAAAAGUAUGAAUGCAUGGAUGUAUGGAUGGAUGAGAAUAUCAUGAUCCCAGUUGAAACAAAUGAAAGAGGACCCAAACGCAGGAUGACAAAAAAAGGGUUUAUUCAAUAAAAAGAACCAAACAAGAAGCAACAAAAACUUAGUAGAAAAUGUCCAACUCAAAAAUCCAAAAUCCAAAAAAUGCACUGGAGUAAAACCACGAGGAGAUACUGGAGACAUCCACACACACACACACACACACACACAGGGCACUGACAUACAAUGAACCGACCAAGAAAAAGGGGAAGACAAGGACUAUAUAUAGACGGGUUUCUGUGCAAUGUCAUCGCAGGGUGCGCAGCCUUGGGUUAGAAAGCGGUACAUUUCUUAUUUGUUUACUAGCGGGGUCAACGGAGAAAGAAAAUGACAAGGAGCUGUUGUUCUGUAAACUGCACGCAUCGGCAAAACAAGCAAUCGGCAAACAUUACAACCCUGCUCCUGAUAUCAGAAACAUCAAAAACAACGUCACAAUCUGGUAAAUUGAGUGAAAUUCAUGGAUAUUUCAGCAAGUGUUUCUCUGAUUUUGAUGCAAUGAAAGACUGAGCGAUUUUUCAAUGAAAUGAUAUUUUAUUGCAGUUGUGUCAGGGAGAACUUGCAAACAAUACGGCAUCUUCACUGAUAUCAGUUCACUCCGAAGCAGGCUUUUGCCCCAUGGUUGCGCGCACACUUGGGCUGUGUCUGAAAUGAAUCACUCAAUCCCUAACCCCUAACCCCCAUAUGGGAUUUUACUAUAUAGUUGACUAUGUAGUGAACUUAAUCACCAGAGGUUUCGGACACUACAUGGCAUGAUGCAAUGCAUGACGGGAUGCCCACCACCGGUGAGUGACCAUCCGAUGGUCACUACAUUUAGCAAUGCUUUAUGGGAAAUUUUGAGUUGCCUAUAUAGGGCACUGGAAUUGAUUACUGAGAUUUCGGACACCCCUCAAAAUGGCGCUAACCCCCAUGUAGUCACCUAUAUAGAGGUUAGGGAUCCAUUUGGGACACAGCCUUAGUAUUGUUUGUACACGAGAAACCCGUCUAUACAUACAUAGGGAAACGAGCAACAGGAGGCAGGUGAGACACAGAGACACAGGUGCAGAUAAUUACUAAGGAGGGAAAACUGAGGAAGUAAAACAAGACUAGAAACACAGGGAAUAAACUACUACAAAAAUAAACAGGAAACACUGAAAACUGAUAGUGAAUAAAACACUGAGGGGAACUGAGGUCAGACACAAACUGAAAACUCACAAGACAGGACUGCAGGGGAACAGGGACAAUAGGGCACAGAAACACUCGGAAAAAUCACAAAGAAAAUACACUCAAAAGACCAAAACUAGGGGAAAACCAAAUACCAGAACAUAUAUCAUGACAGGAAAACUGAACUUGCAUCAUUUUGAAAGCAAGCAGAGCUAACAAGGACUUUUUCCAGUGGCCCAGCAAAUGACAGCCGCUGAGAUUCAGAUGUCAUGUUAAAUCGAAGUCAACUUACAUUUACUCUGAUAAACAUGAACACAUGUACGGACAAAACAUGCAACCAUCACAGAUGCUUGUGCAGAUGUUGCAUCAAGCAUGUUCCAGUUGCGUAUAAAGCCCGGUUAAAGAGCUGUGUGACACAUUCUCAGCGACUUCAGCACUGUAAAGAAAAUCUUCUCCCAGUCUGCAGUGCUGCGCCUGCUGCAUGUAAGAUUGCAGCUGCUCAUGCAUGCAAGCUCAUCAUCACAAGCUGCAUAUCGUGCAGGAGUCCUUAUGGCAAGAAGCUGCACUCACACCUGAUUCAUCGCUGCCGCUUAACAUGUAUGGGAGCAGCAAUGAUGGUCUGAGGAAACGCUCAUGUGCACACUCACACACAUAUUCACCAGAGGCUGACACACAAAUGCGUUCACUGCGUAUGAGUGCGUGUGUGUGCUGGAGAAGGAUGAGCAAAGAAGGGAAGAAGAUUAUAGGGUUAGACUGAGUCUCCAUGAGUGGUGGUAUGAAUAAGAAUAAGAGAGAGAGAGUUUGUCAGACAGAGGGCGUGGUGUUGACGCUUGUGCACAGGUAUUAAAGUACUUGUGCAGAUUUUUUUUUACAGUAGGAGAGGAGAAAUAUGAAAAGCAAAGUGGAAAAUUGAGGACAUGACAGAGCUAAGAUGGAGGGAAAAUAUUUGGUCGGUGGGAGAGCAGGGUAGUAGAGCAUGCAGCUAUAGUGUGUAUGUUUGUGUAAGUGUGUAUGUGUCGGUAUGUGUGGAGCGAACAGCAGAAACAGGAGCAUGUGGGCAUGUGCUCUGCAGAAUACCAAUGUCACGUUUCUACUCCUGAAACACCGCAGGGAGUCGGUGUGAAGCCUUGUGUGAUGUAAUAUAAUGUUAACCUUCAACAUGGCGGGUCUGACUGUAUGUUUAAAGCAGAUGACCUCACUUUACAGUGUGGGUGCGUGUCUCUAUUAGCGUGCUUUCCCGGACUGGAUAAUCAGAUGUGAGCGUUUGCCUUCCCUGCCCACAGAGAGAUCCAGACCAAUAUUGGAUGUUCAAUCUGUAAAUCCACAUUGUGCCGCUCUCGGCUUUCCCAGAGAAGGGACAAAUAUCUUCCACUGGCGAUGUAACUCAAGUCUUUUGUCAGUUGUGUCUCAAUAUAUUGGUUUGACAGAGCUAAUUUCCAUAACAAUAUCAUGUUUCUGCGUCAUACUUGCAUUCCACACAUUAUGUUUUUUUCAUUCAGUGUGUACGGACAGUCACAGAGGCCGUGACUUAUCCUGUAUGAUGUUAACACAGUGAGACUCUGUCUCCUUGUGUGCUGUGCAGCUGAAUCAUUGCGUUUGUCACUUGGUUGCUUUUAUGUGUGUGUGUCUGUUUAGCACAUGCUCUUAAAUAUAUGACACAGAGGAAUUAUGUCUGUUUGGAGUUACUUUUGUCUCAUUAGCAGCUACAGUUAAAAAUACAGGUCUGUCAUUUUUUGGACAAAUGACCACAAACUGUACUUUUUUAUGACCUUGUCAGGGCUGUUCAAAAAAGAAAGGUUCAGUUUUCAGGUUUCUGUGUCUGGCAACAUGGUACGUCAGCAGCACACCUCCUGAGCUAAUCUGUCGCUGUGCCUAUGAGGUGUCAGCGCCACGUUAUUAUCCGACAGCGUGUGCUGAGGUAAUCCCUCUAUCAGCCCAAAUACCGUCAUUAUGAACUAAUGAUGAGAUAAAUCCUGUCCAGUCCAGCUCCCUAUUCCCCACACUGUCUGUUUACAUCCCAAAGAGACAGAGUGCAUCAGCUAAAUCAAGCUGCAGGGCUGUGCAGGCUCCAUGAAGACAUCUUCAGCUAAAGUGAAUGAAAGCAGCAUAGUUGUUUCCUGCAUAAUAAUAUGGAGGGAGGAAUUUUUCUGCGUUUUAAAACAAGUUCUUUUUGUGUCUUGCUGCAAGUUCUUGGUAUCUUACUCGUGUUAUUUUUUAUGGCAUGAACUGUGUUUCACAGCACAGAUUGUUUUUCCUAGUGUUACUACCAUAAAGCUGACAGUUUAUUUGUUGAGGAUAGCAUAUAUUGAGUAAGCAUCUUGAUAAAUGUUUGUUGGACGGCUCCCAAAAAGGUUCAUGUAAGUCCCUUAGAGGUUCUAUAAAUCCUACUCCUCUUGGUGAUCUCAUAAGGUUUUCAUGAGUGUUUUCAACAAAAAAAAAAUCAACCUCAGCCAAAUAAGUCCCCUCUCUUUUAUUGUAUCAUAAGCUUGAAUUUUCAAUUUGAAAUUUCAGCUCUUUGGUUUAUUAUUUUCCCAUAAGCAUCAGCCUGACUUUACUGUUGUAUCUAGCAAAAGCUAAAUUCACAUCACUCGCUGUUGUGAAGUCUGUUUGCCUUGUAGCACUGUGAUAGUACCUGUCAUAAAAACCUGUGAAAGCUUAAGGCUGGCUGCAUGAUUGUUGCUAUGAUUGUUUAUAAAGCAUUUGAUGGCUGUGAUUUGAAUGGAAUAGCUUUUUUUUCCAACUGUCUACUGGGAAAAGAUAAAACUAUUACAAAUACGCACCUGAAAUGAAUAAAAGAAAGGCUUUACUACCAACCAGUUGACCUUGAGGCUAGACUUGAGAUCAUUAUUUAGAUUUACCAUUUUUCCACUGAAAAGACAUUCUGGUCUCGAUCUUGAACACUUUUGAAACAUGGACUGAGUGUCCCGACCGCAACCCGCAUGAAUUAUAUAAGCAGACAUAUUUUAGAACAAGCAAACUUUGUCAAAACCAGGUCCUGAGUGCUCCGAGUAAGGUGGUGUGGGUGGUGAGAGCACGGUGCCAGCUGGAAUAAAAAGAGUUUGUCUGUGUGUCUUUUUUUGUAAACUGUACUAUUGUGGAUGUUUUGUAGGAGCGUGGGAGUGGGAACACCUCCAGGAGGCCCUGGAGGAGAAGCUGAAGAAUUCACUCGCUGUAGCUCAACUUAUGGAGCGCAUACGAUCCCUCAUUGGCAGAGACAGGGUGAGAGUGUUCGUGUGAAAAAUCACCUCUUUUACUUUACACAAAAAUCGCACCGCUGUUUUUUAAAAGGGAUAUUCCGGCAUAAAAUUAAGUUAGGGUCAAUCACACCAUAACACAGAGUUAGACACCCCGUCAAGAGAUGAAUGUUGCCAACUGCUUGCUUCUCUAGUUAUACCAACUUUAGUAACGACCACACGAUAGCAAUACACAGUGGCCUGAGGAGCCACACACAAACCUCAACCAAAACGCCCCUUUAUAGCCACAAAUAAUGCUCAGAACAGCACCUAACUUCAUCAACAGUACAUAUAGGGUCCCAGCCACAGCACUAGCCACCAAACAUCUUUUUAGCUUUGCCUGAUUUCUUUAGCAAAGAGACUAAACACAACUCACCUACUCUCUUCCAGCAGCCGCUUGUUUGUACAAACAUCUCAGGUGAGUCCAUCACGACUGAAGCGGGGUGACGCAGCUCAAGGAAGAACAUUUAUGAUCAUUACUUUAUCAUUUCCUUGAAGUAAUAAUCAUCAUAUCAUUUUGCACUGCAGACACAGUAGUUCUUCUGCCUUAGUGUCUCGGUCUGACUGCAUUUCCAUGAGGAAAUUAUCAUAAAUGUUCUUCCCUGAGCUGCGUCACCCCGCAGCAGUAGAUAGACUCACCUGAGGUCUCACUACAAACAAGCGGCUGCUGGAAGAGAGUGGGUGAGUUGUGUUUAGUCUCUUUGCAAAAGAAAUUAGGCAGAGCUAAAAAGAUGUUUGGUGGCUAGUACUAUGGCUGGGACCCUAUAUGUACUGUUGAUGAAGUUAGGUGCUGUUCUGAGCAUUAUUUGUGGCUAUAAAGUGGCUUUUUGGUUGAGUGCGUGGCUCCUCAGGCCGCUGUGUAUUGCUAUUGUGUGGUUGUUACUAAAGUUGGUAUAAUUUGAGAAGCGAGCGGUCGGCAACAUUAAUCUCUCAAGGGGGUGUCUAACUCGGUGUUACGGUGUGUUUGACCCUAAAUUAAUUUUACGCCACAACAUCCCUUAAAAUAUCUAUAAUUUGUCAAAUAUAGCCCAUAAAGGUAUAAACACAUGUUUUUGAAUACAGAGACAAACAACGCCUUCAUUAGCAAGACCUUGUUAACAAACAGUACAGUGUUAAUUUGGCUAUAAUUAGCAUGUUUAUUUAAUUACUGAACGUAUCCUCACUGUGGGAAUUAGUAUCAGAUAAACAAGAGAUGCUUGUUAAAGAUACUGAAUACACAGAAGAAGUAGUUCACAGCAGAUGAUAGCCAUGAUGUGAAUUUUAUGGUAAAAACUGCAGCUUCAUAUCUGCAAUAUACCCCAUCAGUUUAGAAAACACAAGGCUACUCCAUGUCUUAGGUAUCAGACAUCAGCAUUCAGAUCAUGGUCAGGAGAUAUGACUUGUCUGGGUCUGACAAGCCUUUGGCAUAUUGCAUGGUCUAAAAGCACAUCUGUAGAGCUUCACCUCAGGCGGCGUCAGGAUGAGCUGCUGUUGUGACAGCUGGGCCACUUUAACGGGAUGAGAUGCCCUAAUGUCCUGUAGGGGUUUGAUCUCGUUUUCUGCAAACACCUCCAGGUCAUCUCACUCUGUACGACAGGUUUGAAUUUUCCUCCAGAAGCUUCCCAUUGAUUUACAAAAUCAAAGAGGCUUGAUUCAGUUGCCGCCUCUGCUGAACGCUCUGUGUUUGCUGAACGCUCCCUCUGCAGCAGAGCAGUGCAGGAGUAUGGAGUUCUUUGUGCUCCGGUUGACUGAGAAAGGUCACGCAAUGGUAAUUGGAUGCUUUGACGACUCUUAUUUUCAGACUUUGUGAACACACAGCCACAAAAAUACCCCGACAGCCGCUCUCACAGAACUGAUUUGCUCAUCUGUGAACCACAGUGUGGUGAUUUAUACAGAUUUGACAUUAUUCGUCUUUUUUUAAAGGCUUAAAAGAAGAAAGGACGUGUUAAUAAACACUCACUUUGGAGACCAGGGGGUUCACAGUCUGUCAGCCAGCUCUGCCAUGUUAUUCUUGGCGUUGCUGUUCAAGUAUGUUUGGGUAGCAACAAGCUGGACUGGCUGAGAGGUCAUUUAUAUUCCACAGGGGAGGUGGGAUAGAUUCACAGAAUGACAAUUGUGCAGGUAACUAGAAACUGACACCUAGCAGAGAAAUCCUAACCCUCUCUCUUUAUGUGUUUUUCUCUGCUUCUCUACAUGUGCGUGUGCAGGGCACUAGGGACACCCCGAGCGCCCGGGCGGCUCAGCUGGGCCCCCAGACUCUUGUCAACCUCUUCAAUUCCCCUCUUUACUCUGAUGUCAUUUUCAUGGUGCAAGGUGGGUCCAUGCUAAUAUAUGUUUUUGAGGUUGUCACAUUUACAAAUGAAUGCAUCGUCACACAGCGGAGGAAGCCUGCAUUUUAUACCCAUCAUUGAAUUAUGAUCUCAGUCCAGGGCCUGGUCACCCAUUUGGAUGCUAAACAAGAUAAAAUGGUCUGAGGAACGGGCAGCCUUCCGCGCCUGUCAUGUCUCAUCUCACCAGAAGCUCCUCCGUGAGCUCCAGUCAGCCAAUUCGCUAUUAAAGGAUCAAAUUGAGAAAUGCAGAAGUAAUGCCUCAAAGCUUCAUCUCAAUCAAUAUUUAUCUCAUCAAAAGUGCAGAGAGCUAUUCUGGUCCUGGCACCUCUGAGCAACUCUGUGACUCUUGGAGGUCACAGAGAAUUUAGUGAUAUUUCAGCCUUUUUUGUUCUUGUAUUCUGGCAUGUUGAUGGAGUGAAGUAAGGGAGCUGUCACUUACUGUUAAUAACACUUAAUGACAGCAAUUAUGUCAGGAAUUUUGCUCAGAUUGUUCAUGUCAUUUGUUUCCUGUUUAUUUAAAUGGCCCAUUAUGAGAGAUCACAACAUGCCACAUUGAAUUAGAUAAGUCUUCUACACUGCGUCGAAAGAGACAAGUUAGAUUUAGAGGUGGGGUCGGCAGGAUCUGAGGAAGUGCCACUUUGUGGGAGAAAUCUUGAACGUAAACACUACCUCUUCCAACCAGUUUUCCAUUCAGCUCCUCCUCUUUCCUCCCUCUCUACUCCAGCAAGCCCCGCCCACAAACAGACGCUCCUGCUCGCUUGUAUCGUUCCAAUUAAAUUCAGAUAGAAUACAGCUAAAUACUUAAGAUAAUUAUGAAUGGGGCCUAGUCAACGUGAAAGUAAAAAGCAUUGGUGCUACUGUAGAUGCCAACAGACUACCAGCAAACAUGAUGUUUGCAGGACUUCUAAACCUAGGAUAAAAUGACAUACUCCGGGACUCGAGGUAAACAUUUUUGCAGCGCUACAACACGCAGCAGGUCCUGUUUGACAAGAAACACUUCUGUUACAGACACUGGGCUUACUUUGUUAGAGCAGUUUACCUGUCCAGCAGAAAGGUUACAGGGUCUGUAAGCAUUUACCAAUGUUUAUGCUAGCUCCACUGAUGUUGACCCGGGUUUUUAGCUCUUGUCCGGUCUACCUCUGUUUUAAACCCCGUUCCGCCAGAGUCUCAGGUAUUUACUUUGUUUUCGUGCAGUCCUGGCCAAAUGAGGAUUUAGACAAUUUUCUGUACUUUCUGGUUGGUUUCUACUGUCCGAUAUUGUAGCACGCUAACUUUGUUUGGGCUCCUGGAUGACACAGGGGCGCAGCGUUAGCCUCACAAACAAUCAGCACUAAGGAGCAGCGCCGGCCUCACAACCAAUCAGGUUGGGGGAGGCGGGGAAUGGCUUUGUUUACAGUCAGAAAGAGCGGACCGCUCAAAAAAUUUAAAAUGUUGACUACACAGACAUAAGAGAACACAGCGAUAUUGUUAUAUUAUCAAACAUCAUCAAUAACUAAUUGCUAUUGACAGAUAUUAAAAGCUUUUUUGUAUUUACACUACAAAAAAGAUGCUUCUUUAACGGAAUCCUGCCUACCCCAUCUUUAACAAGAGUGUUUGAGUUCAUUCAAAUUGUUCUAAGAUAACAUGUGAUGUGAAACAGUUCUGUUGAGAUCCAAUGAAUUAAUCAUAAACAGUCUUUAAUCUCAGGCAUUUCUCUCUGCUGCUCUUCAGGACUUUUCAAGAAGCUUCCCUCAAAUCUUACAUGUAAAUUUUGCAUGUCCGUGUGUGUGUGUGUGUGUGUGUGUGUGUGUGUGUGUGUGUGUGUGUGUGUGUGUGUGUGUGUGUGUGUGUGUGUUCAAGGGAGUGUAUUACCAGCUCAUCGAGCAGUGCUAGUGGCACGCUGUGACGUCAUGGCGGCCAUGUUUAGCGGGAAGUAUGCAGAAGCUCGGAGCCGAGUGGUGCCCAUCCAUGGUGUCUCCUCAGAUACCUUCCUGUCUUUCCUGGAGUACCUCUACACUGACUCCUGCUGUCCUGGUGAGUUUACUGCACACAGCGCAGACGUACACAAGUUUAGUAGUACUCAAAAGUAAUGAGAGGAUGGUGGCAUGUCACACUACAAAUGAAAUUGGUAUUUUGUGUGCUAAUCCAACCCUGAAGCGGAUGAUUUUGCACAGUAAUUGAUUGCUGUGGGAAACCCUCACUCAGUAUGUCAGUUUAACCUGUUUUCCCAUAUUACAGCCAUAAAAUGGGGUUUGUGUUGUUUAAUAAUGAAAAAUCAUUAAAAAUAGACGCUCAUCGGGUUUGUGACUGGGAUGAAAGUGGCUUUAAAUGCCAUUAAUCUGAUCAACAAAACAACACAGCCUGUUUCAGAGGGAUGGUGGACCUUUGAUUUCAGUUUAAUCAAAACAGAAAUAAAACACUUGAGAGGUACAGUGGUGUUUUCCUGCAGGCCUCGCUCAAAACACAGACCAAAAACAAAAGCACAGAUGACAAGUGGCGACAACCAUCUGUGUGACUACGACAUGCUGCCAGUGUGAGUCUCUGGAGGAAUGCAGAGAGAGAGAACGGCACUGAGCUUAAAAUUAAAUUAGAUUCAGAGAUGACAAAAUCAAGCGGUGGCAUCACUGCCUCAUCUGUUUUUAAUGGUGCCAGCUCACGGCCCCUGACAUGAUGUUCUUUUUUCUUCCUCUAUCACUAUCCGUCACUCUGCAAGCUGCAUUUUCAAAGUCAUCAGCGCAGAUAAUUCUCUCUGAAGAUGAGAGCGAGCGUGUUUUUUAACCUCAAAGAUGCAUUUGGUAUUACUUAUUCUUUGACACUGACUCAAGUGAUGUCAGCUCAGUUGAUACUGUUAAUCUCACUGAGUACCAACUCUUUCGCUGCCGCUCCCUUCCCACUUGGUUUUUCAGUCAAACAUAAAACUGGUUCUUUCAAAUAUACAUGACCUGAUGUCAGGAGUAAGCACAACACUAUGAACCCCCUCCCAUCAAAAGGAUUCUGAACAGAGUCAUGUUCUUCUCCAUGUAAAGGAGAAACACUAACCAAGUUUAGAAAUACGAACAGGACAAGCUGCACCAUCUUUGAGGCUUCUGUUGUAUUUAUUUUGGGUAUUUCUGCCCCCUAGUGCUAAAAGAUGACAUAAUACGGCUUUGAAUGUCAAGCUUAUGCAGUCAUGUCUUAAGGGGCUUCAGUAGUAUUGUGCAUUUGUGCAUGUGUAUUUUCAUAGUGGCAACACAAGAAACUGUAAAAUCAGUUGAAUCUAUUUGAUUACAGAUUAUUAGAGAAUAGGCAAAAAACAUUUCACUUUAUAUUCAUGAUAAAAUUGCGCAAAACUUUAUUUAACAAUUGCUGAAUUGUGGAGUCAAUUACAUCAUCGGCAGCCAUCUUCAUUUCUGGUAUUAUUAUAUAAUGAAGCUGCUGAAUGGACUCUGUACAAUGUGGGAUAAUCCAUUUUGAAUGAGCAGCUAGUCGUAUCUGGCAAUUUCUUUAUUAGGCAGCAUGGGAUGUUUUGGUGAAAAAACACAUAAAAGACCUUAAAAAGUAGCUUUAAGAUCCAGCUUAUGUGUAAGCAGGUAGUUUCAAGAGGCUCAGCUUCAGGUUGAGUCAUGGGAGCAGAAAAGCAAUAAAAAAAAAUAACUCCAGAGGCAGAAGCUGCUGCACUGUUACAUAAGAGCCUGACACUCAAGGUCAGAGCAAGGUAACUGCACACAUGUCCUCAAAAAUGAAGGGUGUGAAAUCAAAGGGUAGUUUUUAUAACAUGUAGUCUGAGUGUAAUACUUUGUCACUGCUCAUUAAUGUCUGCAACAGUGCUGCAGCCUGUUAAAGACACAUGCUGGGAAUCAUGUGGGGUGAAGGAUGCUGAGGCUGAUGGACACAAACAGCAGGAAUCAAGUCGGAUCAGGAGUGAUUUGAUUUGACAUUUUUGACAUUAUGUAACAGGACCGACUUCGCUUCUUUGAUGCUUGUUGCAUGUGCGUAUGUAAGGAUGUAAACUAACAGCUCGGAAAGAGCAACAGUAAAUUAUUCAUUUGUUCCAGUCUGAGUGAUUUUAUUGAAAGCACUGGGCUGAGAUUUAGACCAUGUGAGGAUGCGGAAAUUAUCGGAAAUGGGAAGUUACUAACGAGGUUUGCGUGAAAUCAGACGAAUAUAAAUAAUGAUGUAAAAUCUGAGCUGUUAAAUGAAAUGGCUGAUUAUUAACCAUGUAGCCAGUAUGUGAGCUCAGUAUAGCUUCAAAAUUAGACAAGGAGGAUGAAGUAUUAGGCCAUGAAUAAUUUAUGAUCCCUAGGUUCAGAUCAGGAGUGUAUGUGGUGUGAUGUUUUUGAGAACAGAUGAAAGUGGUUAAAUUAAAAAAAAAAAAAGUACUGCAUCAAGCAAACAGUAAACAAUAUUUGGGAUUAAAGUUUGGAGACAAGAACCAUUUCAAUAUUUAUGGUAAUUUUCCUCUUUUUUGUUUCCACCAACCCAUGAGGUAAAUAUGCAUACUUCCAAGCUGCCUAAUGCUCUGCCGUGCUCAGCAUCUAGUUGCUAGUAGUCGCUGGUAGUAUGCUUCAAGUUUUUAGAGUUUUGUUUUAAAAACUUAAAACAUAAUUCUGAGAGGGCCUAUGUUGUGCAAAACUUAAGGAAGGUGUGUAGUGAAGGAAUUGAUUUCUGCUGUUUGGCCUUUACAAUCAAUACUUUCCCAAUCAUUAUUUCAGUUUAAACUUCCUCUUGUGCUGAAUUAAUGUUUUUCUUUUUGGUCCAUCUGGAAGAUAAUCAAGUUUCAUACUGAGAAACCCAAAUUGAAAAUGCUGUCUCAGCACUGUUGACUGUGUGUAAAUAAAGCAUCUCUGAGUUUACUGUCAGCUAAAGUUUGAGUCUAAAAAUCAAACAGGAAAAUGGAGUAAAAAACUUUACUUUACUGGUGGUUUUGAUUCCUUCUGGAAGCUAAAAAAAAGCUUUUGUAAAAAGGUUAAAUAGGCAUUUCAUUUAAGAAUUUGUGUCUUGCAUGUGCAACAUAUCAGAUGGUUUUGUGUGUGUUUGUGUGUCCAGCCAGUGUGCUGCAGGCCAUGGCAGUGCUGGUCUGUGCCGAGAUGUACCAGGUGAAGCGUCUUCAGCACCUGUGUGAAGUAUGCGUGUGUGCUUACCUUCAGAGCAUGCCCAGUAGAGAGCUGUCAUCAACAGGUAUCAGCGUGAUCCGACUACUCCGCCGGGCAAAGGUGAGUGAGUGAGUGAGUGAGUGAGUGAGUGGCUUAAAUGGAUAGGAGAGUUUGAUAAACAGCAUAUACAGAAAAAAGCUUGUAUGCGACACCCAAAGGCAUGUUGUGUUUAAAGGGAUAUUCCGGCGUAAAAUUAAGUCAGGGUCAGACACAUCGUAACACCGAGUUAGACACCCUGUUGAAAGAUGAAUGUUGCUGAACGCUUGCUUCUUUAGUUAUACCAGGUUUAGUAACGACCACAGAUAGCAAUACAGAGAGCCACGUGUUUAACCAAAAAGCCAUUUUUUUUUAAUCAUUUCCUUGAAGUAAUAAUCAUCAUUUUGAUAAAUUUGCAGUGCAGACGCGGUAGUUCUUCUGCCUUAGUGUCUCGGUCUGAUUGCAUUGUUAUGAGGAAAUUAUCAUAAAUGUUCUUCCUUGAGCUGCGUCUUCCCGCUGCAGUCAAUGGACUCACCCAGGGGUCUCUGUACAAACAAGCGGCUGCUGGAAGAGAGUGGGUGAGUUGUGUUUAGUCUCUUUGCUAAAGAAAUCAGGCAAAGCUAAAAAGGUGUUUGGUGGCUAGUGUUAUGGCUGGGACUCUAUAUGUACUGUUGAUGAAGUUAGGUGCUGUUCUGAGCAUUAUUUGUGGCUAUAGAGUGGCUUUUUGGUUGAGUGCGUGGUUCUCUGUAUUGCUAUCGUGCAGUCGUUCCUAAAGUUGGUUUAACUAGAGAAGCAAAUGGUCGGCAACAUUCAUCUCUCGACUGGGUGUCUAACUCAGUGUUACGGUGUGUUUGACCCUAACUUAAUUUUACACCGGAAUAUCCCUUUAAGGAAAUGUAGAUGUCAGUCAAAAUUGCUCAUAGCUGUGUUUCUUUUCAGCAGCAAUCUUACUCUUUUGACUUGCAUUAGUUGUAAGCCUCAAUCUGCAUCUCAUUGUUCAUGGUCACCUGUUGAAAAGUGUUAAUACUUCAGAGACUCUUGAUUCUUUGACAUAUCUGUGUUUUCUGUGAUUUUGUCAGUGUCACAAUGCAGAGCAGCUGUACAUCUGGCUCCUUCACUUCAUCGCCAACAACUACCUGAUCUUCAGUCACAAACCUGACUUCCUGGAGCUCUCAGGUCAGUGUGUGGACAUGUAAACACAGAGCAAACGUUUGCCAUAUUCAAAUACAAGUCCUGGGUAUGCAAAGUGAAGUCUGGCUGCACAGAGCGAUAGCAAAAUCAAAGUGCUGAUUUCAGCUUUGAGUGGGCUGCAGAUUUCAUUCAGGGAAUAAUGAAGUCCAAGUGCCUCCAGUCUUUGCUGAAUGUGUUUUGUUUUCCAGAGUAUAAGUAGGUUAGGCUCCUUUUGUCUCAGACAAGGAAUGUGAAUGGAAGGCUAGCACUUAUUUUUGUCGAAUACAAAGGUGGAUCCUACUCUAAUUUUCUAUUAGAGUUGCCUGAUUAGGGCGUUGGCGUGAGUGCAUGGUCAUGAAGUACGUGCUAACCUUUAGCCAUUUCUGCUUUAGCUAACAUUAAAGUAUCAUUCAGAUGGUUUAUUCCUUUAUUCCUAUCACGACAAACUGCUCCAAUCCUUUAAGCUUAUCUCUUUAGGGACUGAAAAAGGAAAUGUGUGUUCAAAGCAUAGACUAUGUAUUAAUGUGGAUGAUCACAGACAGUGAGGGUUUCAUUUUCUCUUUUGAUGUAUUUUCUGAACUUUCAAUAUUGAACUUAAUCUUGAAACCUUUGGAAACUUUUUAUUAGUUAUUCAGUUAUGAGGCAAUGUGGCAGUUGGCUGUUAGCCCCCCAAAUAAAAAUAAUGCAUCUUUAUAGUUAGGGCUGGGCAAUAUGGGAAAAAGUUUCUCACAAAAGUUUUUUUUCACAUCAGUUGAUAUCGAUAUAUAUCAUGAUAUAAAAAUAAAAUUUAACAGUGCUAAUUAGUAGCAUGUCUUUUGCAAUACAACAAGCUACUGCAUCUGUGAGGCGUUUGUGUCUCUUCGACCUUUUGUCAUAAGGCCUUGCGCUGUUAAAGUGCUGUGGUUGCGUGUAGUUACAGCCUGCAACUACACAGUUGUUUGCUACUUUGUGCUAAUUCAGCACGAUUGGUUCAGCCAGAAGUGGACCCAGAGAAACUCCCCUUUUCAUUUGCUAUUUGUUAGGUGUGUGAGAAAAAAAUCAAUUCACAUAAGUAUUGCAUUUUUUUUUCUUUUUGUUUGUUUUACAAUUUUUAAAUCAAUUCAAAAAUAUUUUUUUUUAAAAUUAUUAUUUUUAAUUAUUAUUAUUAUUAUUAUUAUUAUUAUUUUUUUUCAAAUUUAAGAAUACAUCUCUAAAACUGACUUACAUGUGAUGUGUAUUUUUUGGGGAAAUAUGGUUCCUGGAAUAGUCACUAGACAAUCAUAAUCAUUCAACUGUUUCACUGGUUUUGAAAAUGAGGCCAAAAAAUGAAAAAUCGGCAAUAUCGUAGAAUCUUAAAUCGAAUCAGCGUCCAAAAAAUCGUAAAGCAUCAUAAAGUAAAGAAAAGCAUAUCGUCCCAGCCCUACUAUUGGUUUAUGCACCUAUUAGAUUCAUAUGCAGUUAAUUGGCCUGAUAAGUACCCUUAAAGACAGGCUAAUUAGAAAGACUAACAGCGACUGGUUAGAAGCAGUAGCAUGUUUUAUUGACAUCAUUACUCACACAAACAUGAAUCAUUGGACGGGAACAGAAGGGCACAAAUAAAGUCAAAAGCCAGAGUGAAUAUGAGGCACAUGAUCGAUCUUCUUCCGUCUUCUGCUGCUCUGCAGUGUAAACAAAAUCAUAUCAGAUAUUUCAACCUUGUUGGCAGUGGUAAAGGCAACAAUCCCCAGGGUUCCUAUGAUGUGUGUUUUUGUGACCAUGUGCCAAGUGCAAUAAAUCUUUGUGUAAUAUUUUGAGCAGCAAAUCUUCCUUCUUGUGGUUGCGAUAGCAGCAGAGCACGGCUGUGAUAUGUGUGUCUGUGUUGUUCUAGAGGAGGAACGGGAGCAGGUGGAAAGGUUGCGCUGGCCGUCCAGAGGCUACCUGCAGGAGCUCAGCGAGUACCAGCAGCGGAGACGCAAGCUACGCAAGUCCCGCUGCAUAGUCAUGUGA